AUUUACUUUAUUAAUUAAUUUGUAAUAACAGUUUGUGCUGGGUGUAGGCUUGAUGGGUGGAGGGUGACUCCUAUAAAUAAAACAGACAGGCAAAGCAUUUUUCCGUCCAUGUGAAGCUGCCUGCGUGGAGCUCAGCUGACUCUGGAUAAAUAAAGGUUAAAGUCAGAUCUGCAGCAGGAGAGUAGCCUAUGGAGCAGACAGACGGAUUCCUCCCAGCUUCCUGUCAUUCUGCCCUCAGACAGCCGCAUCCUCCUCCUGCUGCUCCGAGCAGAGGACACGGAGCAGGCUGCAGCCAUGGGACAGCUCCAUCUACCCACCGGGAGCACCGGGGAGCACCGGGCGGUGUCCCUGCCUGACUGAAGGCCGACUCUUGAUGCUGAUCGCUCCACAGCAGAAGGCUUGAAGAUGAUUUAAACCAACCACAAAGCUUACUGAACCUGCGUUAUGAGUGAACUGGAGGCCUCGGGGAGGCCGGAGCAGACCCCGCCCUACAUGAUCUUCGUGGUGGUCUUCCUCUUCUUCCUCACCGGACUGUUCGGCUUCCUCAUCUGCCACCUGCUGAAGAAGAAAGGCUACCGCUGCCGCACGGCAGACAUGGACGACGAAGAGGAGGAGGAGAAGCUGGGAGGGAACGCAGACGAUGAUGACGAGGAGAACCAGGACACUGUGGAGCAGAUCCUCAAAUGCAUCAUUGAAAAUGAAGCUAACAUGGAAGCCUUCAACGAGAUGUUUGGGAACCAAAAUGUGUGUGUGCGCCACGACCCCAGGUUGCGUAAGGAGUCCAUUGGCGGUGUUCCCCCCCAUCACCACACAGUCCACUCAGGCAGCGACCACAACUCCUGCCACCUCUGUGCCAAGGUCCGAUCUAAAAAGGGGCGUCGACAAAGCCGGACCCCUCGCUCUAAACAACGACCUGGAGAACAGACUGUCCUCUCUGUUGGCAGGUUCCGGGUGACACACACUGAUAAGAAGCUCCCUGGAAGUCCGAAUCCUAUGGUCAGUUCAGACCAGCUGGACCAAUCCCAGGACAGCGAUGACCGAAAGGACGGCGGGUACAAUCUGAGAAGCAUGUUCAAAGAUGUCCGACAACCUUCAGAGGGAUCCAACGGAAUUGUUCCGAAUGUAGGGAAACGCAGGAAGAGUUUGACCUUUUUUGGGCUGAGGCGGGGCAGCGACCCCGUUGGCAUUAGAGGGGGAGAGGGGACAUUCAGGGAAACCGGAGGUGUUAGAUUUGCUAUUCAGCAGCAACCCAUAGUGCUGGAGGAACAGUUGCAGACGGAGAACAGUGAAGUCACUCCUGAUCGCGGUACUGAACCUGGUGUCAAACCUAAAACCGAGCCUCCAAUGAGUCAAACACCUGAACGUAAGGCUAAAACUUUAGCUAAUUUUCCCUCUCCCCAAAGUAAGGACCAGGCCCAAGGCUCUAAGUCUGCUCCAGAAGAAGGCUCUAAACUUGAGCCCAGUCCUGAACCCCAUAGGAACCAUACGAUCAAACCUUCAGCUGGGAGUGCAGCAGCUUCUGUCCCCAGCUCUCUUCCCAUUCCUUCUCCUGCUUCACCUGGACAGACAUUUAAGACAACAGAGAAACUAGUAGAUGUUGGGGGUAAGGUGUUAAAAAAUGAAGGAGCAUUUGAUCCUGGGCCUCUACAGACCUCUACACCCAUUGCUCCCAUGCCUGGAUUAAUUCCAGGUUUCACUUCUGCCAUUCCUGCUGAUCAACCUGAACCCAGUUCUAGCACAGGUUUUCCCAUUACCCAAACUCCCCCUGACCAAAGCUCCAGCCCGGAUCCGGAAUCAGGUUUUGGUGCUAGCCUGGCUUUAAUAAGCUUAGGUUCAUCGCCUCCGUCUUCAUGCCCAAACAAGACCCUAUCUUCAGCCUCUUCGUUAAAAACUCCUAUCUCACCCAUGGCAGGCACACCAAGCCCCCAACUUAGCUCAAGAAAUACACCAUCAGAGGCUGCAGGAACCCUUACUCCAAGCCCCAAACUCCCAUCUAGCCAAUCCCCUAUUCCAUCUUCAUCCGUUGGAAGAAGUGCUGGUCCAUUACAAGCCCAAACUCCUGCACCUUCCCUCACUUCUAGCCCCAAACUUGACACCAUGCUUGGUUCACCAAAACCCCCUUCUUCUUCGUCUUCUUCUUCUCCGGCUGACCAGAACCCAUCCUUGGGAAGUUCACCUCAUCUAUUAUCUCUAAAGGAACAGGAUCUGCAAGGAGCCAGAAUCCCAAAGACAGAAGAAAGAACAGAAAAAAAGAGGGUGGGGAUUCUCAAAACUGCAAAACUAUCACCAGUUGAGGGAGAUUCUGGAGGUUCUGCUCUUUACUCUCCCAUUGAUCAACUUUCUAAAGACAGACUGAGCAGUUUGCAUCUGUCCCCAACCAGUCCACUGUCCCCCUCCUCGCCAACAGGGAGCAGAAUAAGUAGCGUAGCCAUCGUCAAAGUCAGCCCUGGCAGCAAGAGAGAGUUCUCUGUUGUCACUAUGGUGGACGAGAACCAAUCCUCUACUUCUACAGAAGACCAGAAAGGAGCGACUUCUGAACUCAGGGUUGAACCAGGAAAAGCAGGAACUAAUCCAGAGGUCGAUCAAGGAGAAGAGGUUUAUGUUUCAGGUGUUGAACGACCUGAGCGUCAAAGUAGAGAGACUCCUGACGCAAAGGUUCCGCCAAGACUGGGCCAAGAAAAGGAUGAUAUGAUGCAGAUGGAAGAUAUUCGGGACUGCAAAGUGACGCAAGUCGAAGAAGCAGAAAGUGUGAAGGGGGAGUUCGAGAAGACAGUGAACAUUUAGUCAAAACAGGACUGAUAGUGUCAAGAUGGUCGAGAGUUCGGAGAGUUCUGGAGGAAUUAUAGUAAUAAUAAAUUAAUUAGUUAUGAUCACGCUUUUUAUCAUGUCACCACAGCAGUGAGACUGGACAGCCUGGUUAACUGACGAGCCGUUUGACUCAUGGGAAGCCAUCAGAUACUCUUCCACUGCUGGAUUUAUUGGAUGAUACGAUGGAUGUUGCAUGUUUGAGCCUUUUUUCAGCAUAAAUCACAUAUUAUUUACAUCAUUGCUAACCACUUUACAAGCAACGCCUUUGUGUUUAAGAUUUGUGACGAUUUUGUUUUCCUACUUUUAUGGGCAUUAGCUUCCAUUUGUUUCUGUAUAUGAGUAUAAUAAGAGUCUACAGCUGUUGUUAGCGACUCUGAGGGUCAAUGUAGCACCACUCACAGCAAGGUGCAAAACUCUGAGCUAAAUGCUAAUGUCAGUUUGCUACCAUGCCAAGAUAACGUUCUCAAGUAUUAGAAAAGUGGCAUUUUCACCAAUGUUGGGGAUAGAUGAAAAGUCACACUCAACGUGACUUUCUUUGUUUUAAAUUUCAUGGCAGUCUAUGCAAUAAUUGUGUAGAUACUGUAUUUCCUCAAAUAGUAGCCGGGGCUUCUAUAAAUAAAAAAUCAGUUUGGGACCCAGCUAAUAAUAGGGGCAGGCUAUUAUU